GGAGGGUCGAAAAGCAGCGGGUCGAAGAACUGGGUCGGUGCAAGGAUAAGAAGCCGAGUGAGGAGCAAGCCCUAGGACAGAAACAGGGUCGCGGACAGGGGAAAGGGCGCGGCGUGGUGAAGGCCCGAGAGAAGGACCCGGAGAGAGGCGGGACCAAGGGUAGGUCCCGGUGCCGGAGCAGCGCCCGAGUGAGGAGAAAUGGAAGGCACGAAAAGAAGGUUGGGGGGCGGACAAGAAAUGAUGGCAGAGCCAGAUGCAGGAACAAGAGUAUGAUCACAGAUUGCAGCAGAACAGGAGAAAACAGGGAGUGUUUAGUCAAAGCGAGGAACAGAAACCGAGACUUGGUGAAGAGCCAGGUCAGAAUACUAACAGGCCGAGCAAGAAGCAAGGGCCGAGCAAAGUUACAGGGAGAGAUGAGGAGGCGGGACGAAAAAAGGUGCUCUAGUAGUGUCGUGACCAGGAGCAAGAGUAGGGCUGGGACCCGGAGUAAGACCCGAGUUGGGGUCAGGAGCAAGAGCAGGGCUGGGACCUGCAGCAAAAGCGGGGCUAGGGCCAGGAGCAAGAACCGGGAGGGAUCCUGGAGCAAGUGCUGGGAGGGAGCCAGGAGGAAGAGGCGGGAGGGAUCCCAGAGCAAGUGCCGGGAGGGAGCGAGGAACAAGAGCUGGGAGAGAGACAGGAGCAGGAGCUGGAGCCGGGAGGGAGCCAGGAGCAAGAGCCGCCAGGGAUCCUGGAGCAAGUGCUGGGAGGGAUCCAGGAGCAAGAGUCCGCAGGGAUCCAGAAGCAGAAGCCCGGAGGGAGCCGGGAGCUGGAGUAGGGGCAGAUGCAAGAGCAAGAGCCAGAGGGAAGCUAGCUGCAAGAGCAGGGGCGGAGCCAAGAGUAAGAGCAGAGGUGGGGCCCUGAGCAAGACCGGGGUCCGAGCCAGGGGCUGGGUCCAAGCAAAGUGCUGGAGCAGUAGCAGCAGGGCGAGGCCAUCGAGGUCAAUCCCAAAGUGCUGUCUUUCGCGGGGGUAUUGAUCCCCGCGUUCUCCAGAUUCUAGCUUCAUGUGCGCUGCCAAACCAUGUCCCCUGCCAGCCCUGUGUGGCUAAGAGUCCGAGUCCUACGGGUGCUGUGGGCACUGCUCGCGGUGCUACUGGGACCGUGGAGGCUGUGGGCAGUCAUCUACGAUUUCCACGAGUGCACCUGGCAUGUUGUCUUGAACAAGUUCCAGAGGGUGGGUGAGAACUUGGAGAGUGACCAAUUCGUUCAUCAAGAGCCGGUGGACACAGUGCGCGGUGUGUUCAACAUGUUGGUGGACUCACCCAUCGACCGGCGCGAGAGAUACCUGGGCUUUCCUUACUACCUGAAAAUCAACUACUCCUGCCAUGGACAGCACUCCGAGGACCUGGUCCGCAGUGGCCACCUGAUGGGGCUGAAGCCCCUAGUGCUAGUCACCUUCCAGGCCCCCGUCAACUUCUACCGCUGGAAGAUAGAGCAGCUGCAGAUCCAGAUGGAGGCGGCCCCCUUCCGCAGCAAAGAACCAUGCAUGGCGACGGAGGUGUGUGUCAUGAGCUGGUACACACCCAUGCCCAUCAAGAACGGCAGCGUGGUCAUGCGCGUGGAUGUCAGCAGCAACGGCCUCGGGCCCAUCAUUCCCAGUAAAAGGUUCCACGUGAACAUCAAUGGCUUCCUGAAGAUGGGGGCAGACAACAGAAUCCAGUUCACAGUGGGAGAUGAGCUCUUUAAUAUAAAGCCCAGAUACUUUGUGAAUGUCUCAUCGAGACCCCUGUGGUACAAUGUGGACCAGUCACCUGUGCUAAUCCUGGGUGGCAUUCCCAACGAGAAGGCCCUCCUCAUGACCAGCACCAACUUCAGGGAAUUCUCUCUUGUGGAAUUGAGCAUUGACAGCUGCUGGGUAGGCUCCUUCUACUGUCCCCAGGCUGACUUCUCAGCCACCAUCUACGACGCCAUCUCCACGGAGAGCACGCUCUUCAUUCGGCAGAACCAGCUGAUCUACUACUACACAGGCACCUACGCCACCCUGUACGACAGCAGCCACAGCAGCGGCAAAUGGGUUCGUGUCCUGGCCAGCGAGUGUAUCAAGAAGCUGUGCCCCGUGUAUUUCAGUAGCAAUGGUUCUGACCACGUCAUAGCCCUGACCACUGGCAAGCAUGAGGGCUAUCUCCACUUCGGGACCAUCACAGAUGGCCUGGUGUCUUUUGAGUUGCUGCCCAGGAAUCAGACCGCGUGCAAAAGGAUGUUCGUUGACAGAUGCUCCAUAACCUGGGCCAUCUUCAUCCCGGGGCAGAACAUUCUGAUGAUGCUGGUGGAGACCCAGUAUGACGAUUCAGAUCAGAAAUAUCACCAGCUGGCCAGCUACGACCUGAUCACUGAGGAGAUGACCAUCCUCUAUACCGUACCACUGUUCAUCCCUGAUGCACGGGGCUUAGAGUUCCUGAUGAUCCUCGAGACAGAGUCUUAUACUAACACUCCCAUGAUCCCCAAGGGCUUGUCCUUUAACUUGUACAACAACCUGCUAUUCAUCUGGGGCAACUUCCUCCUGCAGAGCUACAAUGCAGAAAACUUCAUCUACCUGGCGGACUUCCCCAAAGAGUCAUCCAUCAAGUACAUGGUCAAUUCAUUCCGAGGGGAUGUAGCUAUUGUCACGGAGACUGAAGAGAUCUGGUACCUCCUGGAGGGCACCUACCACCUGUACAGGAUCUUCCCAUCCCACGGCUGGGACAUCCACGUCAGCCUGCAGGUGAUGAAGCAGUCCUCCUUGUAUGCCUCCAAGGAGACCAUGGUCACCCUCUUCUAUGAAGAGAACAAGCUGUACCAGCUGGUAUACCUUACACACGGCAAACAGGACCAACUGGUCAAGAGGCUGGUGCCCAUGGAGAAGCUGCUGAUGUACGAGCAGCACAAGCAGAUCCACACGGUGCGCGAUGGGAGUCAUCCGACGCUCUCCUUCAGCAACUUAUGCCCGUUCGAGGUGAUGCGCCUGGGGAACCUGCCGAACCCGCAGGCCUACACGCGCCAGGAGCGCUACCUGGCUCGGCCCCCGAUGGUCCUGAAUCCCUCGGGCUUCCACAGCGAGAAUUCACUCGCAGUCUAUCAAGGUCUCGUCUACUACCUGCUCCGGUUGCACUCCAAGUACCACAAGCCUUACGCGGACCCGGUGCACGAUCCCACCUGGCGCUGGUGGAAAAACAAGAAACAGGACGAGGAUUACUACUUUUACCUGGCGAGCAACUGGCUGAGCGCGGGUGGCGUGCACAUCGACAUGGGUAGUUAUGAAAAGAUCUACGACCUCAAGUCCCACUUCGGGCUGCCCGAGCGCAUUUUCCUGGACAAGGGCGGCGAAUACCACUUCUCCAUCUUCCUGACCGCACGGGGGUACUCCUUCGAGAUGGGCACUAAUAUCGGCAGCGCCUUCAAGGUGCAGAGCAAGGUGUCGGUGGGCGUGGUGCUGGCUGACCCCAGCUGCACGGAAUCCUUGAUUAAGCAGAAGGUUCUCGUUAAACGCAACUCGGUCCUAUUCUUGAUUACUCUCAGGGAUAAAAGCCUUUGCUAUGACCAGGGCAUUAGUGGACAUCACCUCAUGAAGACUUCCAUGAUGGUCAAGGUGGUGGGUGCUUCAGGAUUCUGCUUCCAGGACACACACCUUGGGCCUCGCUUGCAAGGCAACCUGAUGGUGCCAGUGUUUAUCGGCUGUCCGCCAGGCAAGCGCCUGGCCUUCGACAUCACCUACACUCUGAAAUACAUGCGCCAGCAGAACAAACACUACUUCGACUGCAUGCACGUGGACCCCGAGAUGCCCUGCUUUCUCUACCGUGACAUGUUCUACCCCUUCUUCUUGAUUCAAGAUUUGGUAACGGGAGACUCUGGCAGUUUUAAGGGAAGCUACGUGCUGAAGGUCGUGGGAGGCGGGCCCUCGCUGGACAGUAUAGUAGACUACAACGAGGAGGAAAUCUACCGCUACAACAGCCCCCUGGACAAAACAGGUAGCAGAAUCUGGACCACAAAGACCUCAGAGACCACCCACGAUAUGGCCUUCUAUAUCAUGUCUUAUAAGAGAUCUGGCAUUGAGUGGCUGUGUUUGGAGAACUCUCCAUGCUAUGACAUGACUCCCCAAGGCAUCAUCGCCCCUGAAUUCUUCUUCAAGGUGCUAGUGAGUAACAGAGGUGUGGACAACAGCACCUACUGCAACUACCAGCUCAUCUUCUUGCUGCACAUCCAUGGGCUCCCGCUCAGUGCUAAGCGGGCCCUCUUCAUUGUCAUUGUGUCGGCCAGUGUGCUUGUGGGCAUGGUGAUCCUCUACAUCCUCUUCUGCCUCCUAUGGCCCUACGCGGUGAACGCCUGCAACCAUCUCCGCUGGAGGAUCAAUAACAUCAUCGCCUCGGAAUCCUACUACACCUACGCCACCUCUUCCAGAGCCUUUAGCAUAUCAUCUCAGUCAAGUUUUGGGCCUCUCUCCCAGGUCCCCUCCGUAGAUGACUUCAAGGUCCAAGAUCAAAAGCACAAGGCUGAUUUGGAGCCAGCCGAGAAAAAGAAACCAUAGACCUGAGUCUACUACCUGCCCCAACCCUUACCUCCUUUAGCUCUCUCUUUAGAAAUGCAGCCUGUCACCUGCCCCUGCUUUUGUUUCAGUUUUGUUUGAAUGUUUACUUCUUUAAUUUAGACUCAAAUAAACCCUCAUUUCAGGACCA